CGUGUUCAAUGUUUAGAGCCAUUUGUAGUCAAAAACAACCAAGCCAGUCUAUAAUAAAUACCUAUAUUUCUACACCUAAACAAUGUGUAAUCCUCUUUCAGAAAUGAUUAAUUAUCUGUUAUCUACAUCAUUAAGUCACAUGUUAUCAAUUUCAUGUUCUUUAUAUAAUGCCUCUCAUCCUCGGAGUCUUGAAAUGAACUCAGGAGAGCUUCUGCUAAUUUUGAUCUUCUUCUACCAUGGCAAUGAGCUUCAAGAACUGGCGCAACUCAUCGUGCAGAGAAACUAUCUAUCUGGGUAGGAACCAACUACAAGUAAAAGGUGAAAAGGAUGAAGCUAAUUAUAAACCCAAGUGGCAUAAGUUUUGGAGAAAAAUCUACAGGGAGAAGAAGAAAAUUUUCAGUGCUCCUGUUACAUUGCAGGCUUCUUAUGAUCCAGAUGAUUACUCUCAGAAUUUUGAUCAGGGAACUGGGUGGGCAGAGCCUGAUAAUCUUUCUCGUUCUUUCUCAGCUAGGUUUGCUGAUCCUUCAAGAAUCUUGCAAAAGAAUUCUAGUGUUAGAUGUGUCCGGGGAGUUUGAUGAUCAUGAUGAGAGUUUUUGUCAGUUUGAUCCCUAACCUUGAGCAUGUUCAUAUCAUAUAUAAUUAAGUUGUAUUUUUCUGAUUAUUCUUUAGGUUUUUUUCCAUUCUUUUUAUUGGGUAUGUUAAUUAAAGAAUGAUUGAUGGGAUAAAUCAUCAACAAAUGCAAUAUUCAAGUA